CGCUCUGACCCGACACCCUCCAACCCGCGGCCGUUUGCAGCCUUCCAAACCUAAAACCCUCACCAUCCAAAUUCCCUCCCAUUUUUUGAACAAACAAAGCCUUCUGCGUAAGCACACCGCCGCGUGUCACGACCCUUCCACGCCACAACGCCACGACACGGCGGCCCUCGACUUUGACGGGUAGGAGGACCCAAGAACAAGAGGGAGGGAGACGGAAAGAGAGGGACACAAAAAAGGGACCAAAUCGAGGAAGGAAAUAAGGGGACACAUGCAAGCUUCGGUCGACUGCCGAGCUCUUCCAUCCGACGACGUGGCUCUGCUUCGGCUCUGAGCAAGAAUCGCCAAUCCCAGGCCGCCACCAUCAACGUGCCACCUCUUGUGUCCCCAGCUGGUGACUUCGGACCCGACAAACGAUCGCGGCAUCGCGGUCGUCGGGUGUUCCUUCAGGUGGGCUCCAUCACCCAGGACUUCUUUGCUGGCUCAGAACACGGCUCCCGUGUUUCGCGGCCGGCAUAAGAAGACAAGCUUAUGCCUCGCGCGUCCUCCUCGGCAAAGCGACAGCAGGGAGCCGCCAGCAAUCGCGACAGCGCCAGCCGCCACGACAAUGGCCUCGUAGGCCCCGGCAAGCGCGUCAGCAAGCAGCGGAGCCAGAGCCAGGUAGACGGCGCCCCGCGUCCCUCGGCGCCCGACUUCCCCAAGCUCGACGGCGCGAAUGGCCACCUCGGCUCCCCCGGCAGAGGUCAGGCCCAGCCCGGCCCCUCCUCGACCGCCAACGGAAACGCAAAGACGAAUGGCAACGGCUUCGCCCCACGCCAGCCCGCUCAGCAGCAGUACCACGAAACGGCCCCUCCCGUGCCCGGCGUCCUUGCCCCCUCCGCCGCCGCCGCCGCCAACGGCUCCGCUGACCACAAGUCCGCUGCCUCGCUCCGCGCUUCCAUGUCCAACGAUUCGACAGAGGAGUCCUCGGCCGACUCGGCCGCCGUCGCCCAGAUCCCAUCCCAGAUGGCGAACCCGGAGGAGAACGCGCGCCGGAUCGAUGUUAACGCGGCCAAGAACAUCAACGUGCACCGGGACCCGGGACCGUUCGAGUUUGCGUUUACCGUCCUCCGCUCUUGCCCACUGUACGACACCAUCGCCAUACUCAUCAUCCUGAUGCAGCUGUCCCCUAUCGCCCUCUCGUUGAUUUAUGGACUCUUCACCCUCCUCACCUUCGUCCCGCCCGUCACCACCAGCUCCGGCCUCAGCAUCACCGACAUGUUCGAAGCUGCCAUUGGGACGCCGUCCAUCACGGUUCUGCUGUGCAUCGACUGCGUCUUCUUGCUUGUGUGGAUCUUCCUGCCCGGGCUUCUCCAAAACUUUCUCCUCGACUUCGCCCAGGUCACCAUCGCCUUGACCCUAGGCGGCGGCGGGAGCUCCAGGCAAGGUUCGCUCAACACCUUCCUUCUAUGCUCUAUAAUUGUCGGCCUUUCUCGGUUCGGCCAGCAUCCCAGUCUCCAGGGCAUAUCUCGCAUCACGACGCUUCUCGGUGGCAACGGCUGGGGUUCCUCAGACCAGUCCGGCCCGCUCAACUCAUCUGGCCCUUCGUCAAUCAAGCGAACUGGAGCUUACCCCUGGAUCAGGAAUGUUUUGGCGGUUCACAUUGUGAUGCAGGGCUUCGUCAAAUUCGUUCGCGAGUGGUAUUUGCGGAGAGAGAAGCGGGAUGCUCAGCCCCAAAGCCAGCCAGACCCAGAGGCCGGCAAGACAUUGUUUCCCGCAGAAUCAUCAGCAAGCGAGAGCACCCCCAGCGGCACCUCCGAAUCGGAUCCCAACACCCAGUCGACUUUGACUUCAAUGGCCAUCUCGGCCAAGAAGAAGAGAAAACAGAGCGCUCAGGUCCGAAUACGCCAGCCGUUAUGGGCGGCGCUUGCGAGCACAAAAAUCGUCAUGGUUAAAGAAUAUGAACUAUCCCACGCCGCGCGUGAGUCGGCCGGCUCCAACGCCACCGACAUACACAAUCUUGGAAAUGCGCCCUUCAACACCCAACCAGGGCAGAUCUGGAUCUGCUACGUCGGAAGCGACGAGGUCUGUUUCGCCACCAGCCGGUUUGCAGACGAUGGCGCAGACGACUCGUCCCGUGAGAACGGCAGGGCCGGCGCAUCUUGGGUUGACGCCAGCAAGCCCUUCUUUGUGCGAGUCAACAACGCCAUCUGGCAGCCUACGCGCACAAUUCGGAUGGAGGACGAAGAAGACGAGACCGAAGGCGGCGCUCCCCAAGGCGGAUCACGAUGGACGGGUGAUAUAUAUGGGCUGACGCCCAUGUCUAGCUACGAGUGCGAGUUUGUCUGUACCAGGACAGGCGAGGUUCUCUUCUCAACCAGUGUUAGGACUACUCAGGCUAGAACCAGGGAUGCGGACCCCUCCACGAACGCCCAGAUCACGGCCCACCGAGUGCUCUCCCGCAAGGACCCUGCCACAACCCUAAAGACCUCGAUCGCGAGCCAGGAGGCCAAGCUGGCUGAGGAGAGGGCCAAGCUCAAAACUCUCCGGAAAGAAAACAACCGCAAGGUCAACCAGCUCCGGAAAGAAAUCGACAAGCUCACCAACGCCGUGCAGUCUUCGGGAGGCAACGACGAGAAGUGGAGGCAGAAGAUCAGCCAGCACAACACCCAGCAGGCCCAGGCUGAGCAGUCGAUCCAUGAUUUGGACGAGCAGAUCAAGGAACUGGAGUCUGUACCUGAGGAGCUGAUGGGACGCUACCGCAGCAAGCAGGGGGAGUGGAACGCCGAAAAGGCGCGGUUCGACGCGGCCAGGGCGUCCUUCAAAAGCUUCAAGGCCAACAUUGAUCGGGAUCUGAAGGCGCUCGCCUCGGAGCGUGAUGCCCUCCAGAACAAGCGCAACAAGAUUGCAGCCCGCAUCGCUAAGCUCGACGAUGAGCACGCGCGCAUCACCGACGCCAACGCUAGGGGACUGGACGAGGCUGAGCGGCGGUGCCAGCAGCGUGCCGUGUUCACUGCCGAGGCGGGCAGAACCGAGAAGUCUUACGUGGAUGCCAUCACGGCUGUUAGGGCCUAUAAUGCCGAGAAGUCCCACCAGGCUCAGACGAUGGCUGCGGCCUUGCAGGCCUAUCUCACAAGCUUCAACGCCGAGAUGAUUGCUGCUGUCCAACCGUACGACGUGGCUGUUGGCGGCGCCUACGCGCCGGCCGUCCACGACGUGCCGGCGGCUACCUUCCCGCCCAUGAACCAAUGGGGCGGCGCCACGGUAGCUCCAGCCAUGCCUGCAACCACCCAGUCCUUUGGGGGACAGUCAGCCAUGUGGCCGCCCGCCGCGUCGGCAGCGCCCUUGUCGCAACCGGUUCUAUCGUCCCUGCCGAACCAAGUUUCUCUCGGACACCACCUGCAGCAGUACGGAUCCUCGGCGACGGCCUUGCCUGCCCAGUUCUCGCACUCCAUGCUUCACGUGCCCGCGGCCGGCAUCCGGCGCCGUGGUCGAUCGAGUUCCAUGCUCUCGGAUGUCUCGGGCUUCACCGAGUCCAGCCAAGGAGACGAGGAUGCGAUCAAGACCAUACACCCCAACCCGAUCGGCGCCGGCGCCCCGGGCCAUGUCACGGGGCCCCCGCCGGGCCUGUACAGUCCUUUCUCUCGGACGGUUCACCGGCGCGGUGGUGCUGGAUCGGGCUCUCUUUCUGGGUCCGGAUCCGGCUCUGGUUGCGGGAUGGGGUCCGGUUCUGGUCUUGGCUCAGGUCGCAGCAGCGUUCGUAGCGGCAGCGGUAGUGGCAGCGGAAGUGGCAGCGGUAGCAUCCGCGAUCCCGCCAGUCCGAUCUAGAGCGUUGGAUUGCGGUCGUAUGCGACUUUUGAAGGCGUCUUCCCCAAGGACCACGAAGGUCUGUCGUUGCCGAGAGGCCAGUGCCGGCCGAGAUUGCCGGUGCCGCCGACGCCCUCAUGGCCAACGUCGCGUCGCUGGCUAGAUCAGCACACAUCCUGCUUCUAAUCAUUCGCCCUUGAGCCCCCAUAUGGCCCGGGUCAUGAUCUGCCCGCUCCUCUUACUCUACUUAUUUCUCUCAUCACUCAGUCAUUAAGUUUCAGGGUGACAUCUACGAUACGGUACGGGGCGUUCUGGUCUUCCCAGCCGUUCCCGUAAUCUCAAGAGAUGAUGGAUGGACUUGUCAUUUGCCAUCACUCCUUUGUACCCUGUUACCAGGAAUCCUACACCCUUACAUUCCCCCCGUUCAAUGGUUUUGUAUCGGCAUUUUCUCAAAACCAACCUCGGCUGUCUUGGAAUUUCUGCCAGACACCAAAGGGAUAUGCGGUGGGUUUAUUGACUGGAAGUUUGAAAGAAGCAGAGGUGCUGCUUGAGCCUCGGUUGGCUGUGAUUGGGUCUCGAAUUGUGGGUUGAACAGCGAGUGAACUGGCGUGACUGCGUUGAGAUACAAAAGUUCUUAGUUCUUUAUUCUAUGCUUUGUUCCGA